UCUAUCGUCACCCAUUUCUUUGCUAAAUACGCGAGCGAAGCCAUUCGAAUCCACGUUUCCGUCUCCCUCGCCGCCUGCAUGGAAGCUCGCCUGGUACGCCUCCGGGCCGAGGCCAACGCCGCACUUGCGCAGUACGAGCCACUUGCCCUCGUCGUCGCUCCGAUCGUAACCUUAUUCCUCGCCCGCGCCCUUCACGUGACCUUCCGCGCCCUGCGGGAAAAGGGGAUCAAGGGCGCUGUCCUAGGGUUCAUCAUAACCUUCGUGAAGUUAAUUCCAGGCGUGAACUGGUAUAUCGAGUUCGAGAAGAAAAAGGUUGUGGAUAAGUUACAAUCAGGUAACAAAUCUAAACGGGAAAGCUGGAGAACUGAGCUACCAAAUAUUGGACUUAGCAGAGCUACAAUACACGAACUAGAGGAUGCUAGGAAUAAGGAUGUAGCAUGGCAAGGCAAAUGCUCUGGCACAGUAUACAUAGGAGGAAGUGAGUCUGAGAACCAUUUUGCUUUAAUAAAUGAGGCACAUGCAAUGUUUUCACAUACCAAUCCGUUGCACCAGGAUGUGUUUCAAAGUGUGGCAAGGUUUGAGGCAGAAGUGGUUGCUAUGACUGCUGCUCUCCUUGGAAGUAAAGAAAAGAUAUUUGGAGGGCAAAUCUGCGGUAACAUGACAUCAGGAGGAACGGAAAGUAUACUAUUAGCUGUUAAAACAUCUCGUGAUUACAUGAAAGCCAAAAAGGGAAUUACAGAACCUGAAAUGAUAAUCGCAGGAUCUGCACAUUCUGCAUAUGACAAAGCAGCACAAUACUUCAAGAUUAAGUUGUGGCGUGUUCCUGUCAAUAAGGAUUAUGUAGCAGAUAGUAAAAGAAUUAGGCAAUAUAUCAACAGGAACACCAUAAUGAUUGUUGGUUCUGCACCAGGCUUCCCACAUGGGGUUAUCGAUCCUAUUGAAGAACUUGGAGAGUUGGCAACUAAAUAUGAUAUUUGCUUGCAUGUUGACCUUUGCCUUGGUGGAUUUGUUUUACCAUUUGCUCGUAAGCUGGGGUACCCAAUUCCACCUUUUGAUUUUACUGUUAAAGGAGUCACAUCAAUUUCAACCGAUGUGCACAAGUAUGGAUUGGGCCCUAAGGGAACGAGUGUUGUUUUAUACAGAAAUCGCGAAAUAAGAAAGCACCAAUUUGUUGCUGUUACUGAGUGGUCAGGUGGGUUAUAUGUGUCCCCUACUAUAGCUGGAAGCAGACCUGGUGGGCUGAUAGCAGGGGCUUGGGCAGCUAUGAUGUCACUGGGACUGAAUGGUUACUUGGAAAAUACCAGACAGAUAAUGGAAGUAUCUAAGAAGAUAGAGAAAGGGAUAAAGGAGAUCCCCGAGUUGUUUGUUGUAGGACAUCCACAGAUGACAGUUAUUGCUUUUGGCUCAAAUGAUGUUAAUAUUUUUGAGGUUAAUGAUAUCAUGACCUUGAAAGGGUGGCACUUAAAUGCUUUGCAGCGGCCAAACAGUAUUCACAUCUGUGUCACCCUUCAACAUCUUAAUGUGCUCGAAGACUUCCUGCGAGAUCUCAGGGAAUCUGUAAAAACUGUAAAGCAAAACCCAGGUCCAGUCGAAGGAGGGUUUGCUCCACUGUAUGGUGCUGCAGGAAAGAUGCCAGACAGAGGAAUCGUACAGGACUUAAUAGUCGAAUUCAUGGACAGCUCUUGCUAGCUGCAGCAUGCACCCAUCCAAAUUCGCAUUCAACUUAUCAAUGCAGAAGGUAAAUUAUUCGAUAACAAGGAUCCCAUCCCAGAUGUAUGUUGUACAAUAUGUUAUUGUCGUUUUGCUUCAAGACAAUGCUCCUCCCGUCGUCACUCGAAACUGUAGUCAGUGUCCAUCAUGGACUAUUAUGAAAAUGACUUGGGCAUCACAACAAAAAGUAUUUUUAUCUUCAUUCAUCUUGAGGUGGUCAUUUGAAGAAUUUCUA